GUUUUUUUUUUGUUCCUUGCAGUACUCUUACGAAGCUAAUACAAAUGAAUAUGAAGCAAAAGUAGACAUCAACUGGAAUCGCAACCACUAUAUAGAUACUGUUCCAAUUAUAAUUUACAAAUGUGAUGUUCUUGGCUCUCACAAAGAACAUGCCGAUUGUAGUUUAUGCGUGACACGUGACAAAAAGUAUCAAUGUAAUUGGUGUAACAAUCAAUGUUCUUACAACGAGACAUGUUCCUUACAUGCUCAUUUAAGUGAUUGUCCCAAACCUCGGAUAGAUCAAUUUUCACCAUUGAGCGGCCCUAUAGAAGGUGGCACACUUGUUACUAUAGAAGGAAGUAAUUUAGGCAUUCGAGAGGAAGAUGUGAGGGGUAAAAUACGAAUUGGCGACGUUCCAUGCAGUUUAGUAAAGUAUGAAAUAUCGGUAAAAAUAGAGUGUCUAACUGGCUCUGUAGCAAAAGAAAUGACAGCCUCAAUAAAAAUUGGUAAUGAGGCAGGAUACACAGAAUCAAGCGUACAAUAUCGAUACAAAGAUAUAAAACUAAGUGGUUUAUAUCCUACGAUGGGCCCGCAGUCUGGUGGGACGAAGUUGUCCAUAAUUGGAAAGCAUUUAAAUAUUGGAUCGUCAAUAACUGCCCAUUUAGAUGAUUAUGUUUGCCAUAUAAAUGUUUCCCAAAUUUCUUCCGGACAGUUAACAUGUAUUACAACACCCGCUAGAUCACCCGAACAUGUUCGCACUCUUAAACUUAGUAUUGACGGAGCCAACCGCACACUGAAGUGUGGUGAUGAAAAAAAAUCGAAUAGUUCGAAUGGAAGCAGUUAUCACUAUCAUAGCCAUUUUGAAACGUGUAGCGUUUUCAAUUACACAGUUGAUCCUAAAAUCAUGCAAAUAAAACCUUUAAAAAGUUUUAUGAGUGGAGGACGUAUGAUGACAGUCCACGGAACAAAUUUGGAUUCAAUUCAAAAACCUGAGAUAGAAGUGUACUGUGAUGAUGAACGUAUAAAUAAAUCAACAUGUGUUGUGCUCAAUUCUAAUCAAAUGGAAUGUCCAUCACCAGCAGUAAAUUUAAAAUUCGUCGCGAGCAUGAGGCAUAUUGACAGAAUAAAUGAAAACAUGCUUUUGGAAGGUAAUCAAACUCAUUCUAAUAAUAGACAGAAUCUUCUAGUCACGGAAACAUCUGGAUUAUUCUCCACGACGGGUACGUUCAUGAGUGAAGAUUCAACAUUGUCGGUAUCCUUGUUUUCACCAUCGUCAAAUGACUUACAUGACACUACAUCCUUAAUUGAAUCAUCAUUAAAUUCAGGAAAUGCACCGAUUGCGAUAAAAAAUCAAGAUAAUCAACUAACAUUACAAAUAAAUUUUGUUAUGGAUAGUGUCAGUUCCGUAAAUAAUUUAAACACGCAUUUUCAAACACUAAGAUCAACGAUUAUGUAUGUGAACGACCCAAUUUACUUCCCUUUCCCAAAAUUCAAAAAAAUGUACAAGGGUGAUACUCUAGUCAUUGAAGGAGACAAUUUAAAUAUAGCUAGUGAUGAGACGGAUGUUAAUGUAACAAUUGGAACAAUGCAGUGUAAUGUCACCAGUUUAGCCCUUGCACAACUAGUAUGUACUCCUCCAGAUCAGCAGCCAGCGCCAACAGACGAAAAUGGAUUUAGGCAUAUGUCUCAGGACCUACCUAUGGUUGUUGUUCGUGUAGGGCAUAAUUUACGGUUUCAAAUAGGAUACCUGAAAUAUGAUUUAAUCAAGCCGUACACUUUUUCUCAUUUCCUUUUUGGUAUUAUUAUUGGAAGUUUAUUGAUCGUCAUUUCAUUGAUAGUAGUUUUAAUCUAUCGCCGUAAAAGCACUCAAGCUGAAAGAGAAUAUAAACGCAUUCAAAUUCAAAUGGAUACACUCGAAAGUAACGUUCGGCUAGAAUGUAAACAAGCAUUUGCCGAGUUACAAACUGACAUGACAGAUUUGACUGCAGACUUGGAAAAUAGUGGUAUACCUACGUUGGAUCACGUGAAUUAUAUAAUGAAAGUUUUCUUUCCUGGAGUUAACGAUCAUCCCAUACUAAACUCAUCUAAAUUUAGAUUGACAAUGAUACGUACAACUUAUGAUCAGGCAAUGCUGCAAUUCGAGCAACUUAUCAAUAAUAAAGUAUUUUUGCUUAUAUUUAUUGAAACUCUAGAAGCACAAAAAUCGUUCAGUAUACGAGACAAAGUAAAUGUGGCAUCGUUGCUGAUGAUAGUAUUGAUGAACAAAAUGGAGUACGCUACCGACAUUCUUAAGUGUUUAUUGUUACGGCUGAUUGACAAAUCUGUAAUAACAAAGCAUCCUCAAUUGAUGCUCCGUAGAACUGAAAGUGUGGUCGAAAAAAUGCUGACCAACUAUAUGGCAAUAUGCAUGUAUGAUUAUCUUAAAGAAUACAGUGGAAAUUCUCUUUUCUUGUUAUACAAAGCAAUCAAACAUCAGAUUGAAAAGGGAUUAGUAGAUGCAGUGACGCAUGAUGCUCGAUAUUCUCUUAGCGAGGAACGGUUACUUCGUGAGCAAAUUGAGCAUUCAUUUGUCACGCUGCAUAUUAUACAGGAUGACUUGGAUGAGAAAAUUCAAUGUAAAGUGUUAGACUGUGAUACAGUUACACAAGUGAAAUCAAAAGUAUUGGAUGCACUGUUUAAAAAUACUCCAUUUUCGAUGAGGCCUUCAGUUCACGAUUUAGAUUUAGAAUGGCGGCAUGGUCGUGGAGGUCAUUUAACAUUACAGGUAAGAAUUGUACAGAUAACUGAUAACGGAAAUUUUGAACACUCCCUUGGUCUGUUUCCGAAUUAAUUAAAUUGAUAACAUACAUUAUUUCUUGAGGUCCAUUUUGUAGCGUCAUAGCUUGGAUGGAAGUUAGAACCUACAUUUAGAAGAGAAAAAUAGUUUAGAUGUCAAAUCAUGCGCACGACUCUCUUUCUGUUCUGGGCGAACAUAAACUUGCCAAUGCAAAUGUUGCUCCAGAGUUUAAUAGUGCUGCGUCCAAUGCUUUUAAUCGUUGAAAUCAACGGCGUUUAUAUCAUCGAUGUCGUUGAUCUUUGAUUUAAACGUAAUCGUAAUCGCAGCCAUCGUUGAUUUAAUCGUCAACGUCAACGGAGACGUUGAUUUAAACGGCGUUGAUCAAUGCGUUGAUUAUCGAUAAUCAACGGCGUUUUUUUAUAGUUUUCAAGAGUUUUAUGAGGAAAGAACGAUUUUUUCAUAAAUGUAUUGAUUGGGAAACAUUCUUAAAUAGAUGUGUACCAAGAGGACCGAAGUGACCGGAUUUUAAACGUAAUUUAAGCGCUAGCUAAUUGCUGGUCACUUCCAUCUCCACUUUGGUUCCCAAGUCCAACCAGGAUUUUUCUUAUGUAAGUGACACCGAGGACGGACUAUUGGGAACCGAGAUAUGGUCGGAUUAACACCGGAAUUAUUGUUCCGGCGGGUUCAGUAAGAGUCUCGCGAGGCUAAAUAACGACAGAAUUUGUUUUUCUAUGAUACAAUACUAAAUUGACACCCAUGUUCCAGAACCCAGAUUGAGAUCGGCCAAGAUGUCAAUCUUCAUGACAGACCGGAGUAGCUUCCUGCUAGUAUUCAAAGAGUAAACAAAAUAUUUAUGACCUAUUGCGAUCGGUUUUCGGCACCAUACGGAAGAUUUAUCUCUUGGGGUUGCUAUCGAAACUCAUUGAUCACCCACAGUAGGCUACUCCGGUCUGUCAUGAAGUUUGACAUCUUGGACAAUCUCAAUCUGGGUUCUGGAAUAUGGGUCGUGUGGUCAAUUCAGUAUUGCAUCACAGAAAAACAAAUUCUGUCGUUAUUUAGUCACGCGAGACUCUCACUGAACCGGCCGGAACAAAAAUUUCGGUGUUAAUCUGACCAUAUCUCGGUUCCCAAUUGUCCAUCCUCGGUGUCAUUUAUAUAAGAAAAAUCCUGGAAGGACUAGGGAACCAAAGUGGAGAUGUAAGUGACCAGCAAUAAGCUAGGGCUCAAAUUACGUUUAAAAUCCGGUCAUUUCGGUCCUCUUGGUACACCAGGAUCCCCGAACAACCAUGUCAAAUCUAUUUGAGAAUGUUUCCCAAUCAAUACAUUUAUGAAAAAAUCGUUCUUUCCUCAAAAAACUCUAGAAAACUAUAAAAGAACGCCGUUGAUCAACGCGUUGAUUAUCAAUAAUCAACGCCGUUUAAAUCAACGACUCCGUUGACGUUGACGAUUAAAUCAACGAUGGCUGCGAUUACGAUUACGUUUAAAUCAACGAUCAACGACAUCGAUGACGUUGAUUCAAAGAUUAACAGCAUUGGCUGCGUCUGUAAUAAUUUUGAAAAACACAGCUGUUAUACUUACCUACACAGAAAAAAAAUCCGGUAAAUUUACAUCAUUUAUGAUGUACCAAAAGUGCACGUCAUUAAUGAUGCUAAUUUACAUCGUUUUUGUUGGUUGGUACAACGUUUCAUCCGCUGUAAAUUUCCGGUAAAAAUAACGUAAAUUUACCCAAUCCUAAUUAUUUUUUCUCCGUUGAAUCUAGAAACUGAUGUGAUUUUCAAAUACUCUUAUGGCCUAGCGCGUUUUAGGAAGGCAUUAUUUGAACCUUUCUGAUCAAAUUAGGCACCUGUAUUUAUUCAAAGAGUACUUUUAUUUGACCUGAAAGACGAAAAAGACCCUUACUAGACUGCGAAAAGCAAACGAUUUUUGAAAAUAAGCUAGUGAUUCAACGGAGUAAUGUACACAUUUUUUGUCAAACGCAUGAUGUUUUUGUGUCUGUUAUGUGUAACCACUCGUUACAAGUCCUUCAUUCUUCAACAUCAAUAAACCAAAAAUAAAUGCGAACGUUCACGAUUCUUAGCUAUGGGGUUAGUAGGGAAUUAGGGAAUAAAUAAAUAAAUGUAAUUUAGUUAGUAGGGUUAGUAAAAAGGGGAAAUUAAUAAAUAAAAACACAACUUGUUAACACACUAUAACAACACACAAAUGGUGGGACAAACCAACAACCAGCGACAGUAUUGUCUUCAUCUUAAAACAUCGCAAAGGGGGUGGUAGACAACGCCCAAAAGUGAUGGGUGUCACGUGACGUAAUGUCGUGUCACCGACCAAAAGGCUUGAAGGGACGAGAAUUAGACCGCCAACGGUCACAUUCUCCCAGGCAAGUGAGCGAUCUAUACCGUUAGAAAAAGUAGAGCGAAGGACUAGAAGUGAAAGUGGUGGAAAUUUGUGCGAGUGCACCUUCAGUCGUUCAGGUAUGUUCUAAACCCCGUAUUCGGCUAUGCGGAAGGACGACUUUAAGCUAAACUACCCUAGCUAGUAGUACGGCUAAAAAAAUUAAUCACUCCUCCCCAUUGUCCUCCAGGACCUUUUGUCCUUUGGCGUAAACGCCAUUUUGCGAGUUAAGCACGCCGCUUGACCGCCAGAUCGCUCGCUCUUCGGCCCAGUUUGCGUAAGCGCGGAGGAGCCGGCUUACUGCGUCUAAUCGUCAAAGAUCAUCAGUUGCUCUGGUCCGUGGACCAUAAUUUCCAAGGAGCACGCUCGGGCCCUCGUGGCUCUCAUUCCAAAGGAGCGUAAAUUCCCCCUCUCGGUUUGGUCAACGUGGGCAGGUCCCCGAUCGGCCGAUCCAGUCAAGGAGGGAAGGCCUGGUCCCUAAGCCGUGCUCUACCUACCAUCCACCCCCACCACGUCGAGAACCAGCACCGGUGCUUCAGCAGCGAACGCGAGCGCUCGCGGCCAGCGGACUGGCUGAGUAGCAGAUCGUCGUCGUCAGCGGAAAAGCAGCGGUACGUACCGAGUCCCCCACACACACAUACACUUACAAAUAUACACUUUUGAACCGACUUAAAUUCUUUAAAUAAAUUUCCCUUUCCGUCUCCCAAAAGAGGAGUUUUCAUUCAACCCGUAACUCAAGAAAAGUGAAGUUCCCAAAGUUAAGUUCGCGUAUCUCCUCGUUGGCGACUAGCGCAGCCGACCCUGCGAUUACCGUGAGUCUGUGCUGUGACUAGCUAACCGUUGGCAAAAACUAAUGUGGGUAAGUCCUAAAUAGUUUCAAUUGGCGCCCAAACAAAAAUCGCAAAAACCAACGAGGAUCGAUUAGAGAUUUUGGCAAUUUUUCAACCCGAGUGGGAGGAGAAUACCAAACAAAUUUGCGACUUGUUUUAAUAGGAUCCGUUGCUAGACUUUACCUUAGUGGGCCUAGUGAGAAAUAAUUGUGAAUUUGUAUGUGCUAGUGGUGGUAUUUGAACUCGAUAAAAAUAUUUCUAGCAGUUAGAGGUGGAUUAAACGAGCAUCAUAGACAUCUGGUUAAAAUUUGAGAAUAUAAAGCCGAAGAAACUUAAAAUAAAAGGUCCUGAGCGAUAUUAAAAAUAAAACUACAAGACAACAGAAUUUCAAUUUAAUUUAUUUCUUUUGUAUUUGUUAGUGUGAACUUAUUUUGUAUUUUAAUUUAGUUGAUUUAUACUGAAUUACAUUCAGUUUAAUUGAUUUUAUUAUUUAUUUUGUGUUUGUUUAAAAUUAUUAAGAUGAGUCACGAACUGGAUCUAAUUUAUCGUUCCAUGAACGUUAAACAUCUGCUUGAUGAUGAGGUUGAGCAUGAAUUGAUGAUUCGUCAGGUCAAUUUCUCAAGUGGUGAUUCGAGAGAAAGCAAGGUGCGUUUGUUACGCGUCACUUUGAGGAAUCAGAGAGAUUCAAACAGUUUUAAAGUGAUUUUGUUAGAUGAAAACAUGCUAGAGGUCGAAUUUUGUCAAAUCAAAGAGAAGGUUGGGAAUAUUCGAAAACAACUGGAAUCAGGCAAAGUAAAAAAAGAAGAUCUUCCACCGUACGAGACUAGGCUGGUACAUUUGAUUUUCCGGUUAAUACGCUUAAAACGAGUAAAAUUCAAUACGUGUGGCCUGGAUCAAAACGCCGUGAGGUUGUACAACGAGUAUUUCACGGUGUGGUCUAAUAAUCCAGAAAAGGCCAGGGAAGCUGCAAGGCGAUUGGAGUUGGAGAUUAGUAAGAUCGGUGCCAUAGAUGAGUUGAUUACGGAGUCAGACGACACAGAGGAUUCAGGAGAGGGAAUAGAGGCAGUGUCAGCAGAAGGCGAAUCGUCAGAGAAUGAGGACGAUGAUUUGCCAGCAAAGAAGAAGAAAACGAGUACACCGAAGAAGAUUUUGAAAAAUAAGAAAACUGGUCCAAUAGACACCCAAAAGAUUGUGGAAAUUGUCGUGGACCAGGUUAGCAAACAUUUCCAGGAGCAGUUCAGGAAUCUGAUGUUGGAUGAUCGCUUUAUGGGUGGCAUUGUAAGCGAAAAGAAGUCUGGGAAAACAAAGGAUAGGAAGGGAAAAUCCCAGCAAAAGGCAAACGGAAAGUCAAGGGUGGAAAAGCCGCGUAAAGGUGAAAGAAGAUCAAAGAAGAUGCAGCAAUCGACUACUGAAUCUGAGGAGACGGUAUCUAGUGAAGGAGAUGACUCGCUAGACAGUUCGGAUGAUUUGGAGCCCGAACCAAGGCGUGAAAGGAAGUUGCGUAGACCACGUCCGGUAUCAGAGUGGAAUCUUCGCUACGAUGGCAAGGAUGAUGGAAAACGUUUGAACAAGUUCAUUGCUGAGGUUGAAGGUAUGGCAGAAGCGGAAAACCUAAGCAAGAGAGCAUUGUUUAAAGAGGCCAUUCACCUGUUCUCGGGCGAAGUUCGCACCUGGUAUAUGGAGGGCAAGAAGAACAGGGAUUUCACGAAUUGGAAGGAGUUAUUGGUAGAACUAAAAGUCGAGUUUCAACCUCCAGACCUAGAUUACCAUUACUGUUCGGUCUUACGACGAAGAAUUGCCCCUCCCGCGCAACCAAAGAUCACGCCGCCCUUGCUCAACAACGGCGCAGCCGUUUGACAGCAGAAAAGGAAGGAAAACAACGCGUUCGACGAGCGACGCGGUCAGCACCAGCAAGAAGUUUCUCGACCACCAAACGAGACGGUCGUGUGCGAUCCCAGCAGCAGCAGAGAAGAAACACAAAAAGAAACAGAAGAGAGAAAAGGUGUAGAAGUUAAAAAUACAGUUUAGUUUUAGUUUAACUCCACCGGUGUUCUUCUUUCUGUGGAAAUUCCACUCCCCAAUACAGUCCGCUAAAUUGGAUUGGCCAACCGCGGCCAAAUCCUCCCCACACCCCGAACAUGGUCCAACCGAACCGGAUCAAAGUGUGUGUGUUCUUCUUGCUGCUGCUCGCGUAAACGUGUCGAAACACGUUCGAUUUCGGCGCACCGCGUGAGUAAAGUGCGACAAUCGACGCGUGUGUGUGUUUGUGUGUCACGAGCGCCAAAAAGUGACAACCCAGUUCCGACCGCGGAACAAGUGACUUUGGAUUACCAAAAUCCGGAGAGGGAACCGGAGCACCGGUGUCCCUAAAGAGAAAGUGCCAAUACCGAACCCCAGCGAAAAAAGUGAACCGGAAACAAGUUCCGAAAGUGCAAACAUGACCCCGGAAGAGAAGAAGAUCCCUGCUGCGGCAGAACAGUGCUAGAAAAAGUGACGGUGAACAUCUUCCGCCCAAGGAAGCACCGAAAACAACCCGACCGACUGCUGGGACCGAACAGCAGAGUUUCGUUGCAGCCAAGCCUGUAACGGAACUUCCGCCCAAAAUGGAACCGAUCACCACGAGCGAGCUGGAGGAAGCCUCCCGAUUGCGUGAGAACACCAAACAGAAGGUUUGCCUGCUCCGAGACACGGUGCUCAACCUCCAACAACCGACACUGCAGCGGCUGACAUCGCUCAAGGAGAGCCUCUGGAAGCUGUACGGUGAGUACAACAAAUUCCACGGUUUCAUCAUCGGAAGCGUUCCGGAAGAGGCGCUCGCUGAACAGUACACGGAGUGCGAAUUGUUCGACCAACUCUUCAACGAAGCUGGCGUGCCGUUGGAGGAGAAGCUGAUUGCUCUGAGGAGCAACACAGCAGCGGAACCAAGCACAGCAGACAACAUUGAGCACCAGCCGGAAAAGCACCCUUGGAAAAGUUCAGUGCCGACGGUUUACAGGAUCAGCAGCUGGUCAACUCCGAUGGCGUCCUGGGAGUCCGUCCGAAAGGAGCUCUCCGGGCGAACCGACAACCGGUCCAGGCCCCAAAACCUGGAAGCGGAUACGGCUUUGCGAAGUCGCAUCCUGCCAACGAACGGCCCAUGUCGCCGAUCCAAGCCUACAUCCGCGAGCGAUGUCUUGGAAUCCGAAGUGGUCAUGCGUGACCUCUUCCCAACCAUCGAACCAAACACUACAAACAAGAGCCGAGAACCGAUCCCGGCAAUACCCGAACCGAACGACCAGACGGAACUGCGAGCGUUCGUGAAUCCCAGCAACGACGACACCGGCACGGACGACGUACCUCCGCUUACAGAAGCAGUCCACUCCGAAGAAUCCAGAACCGACCGAACCCAUCCGGAUGACCGUUCGCUCACGAAGUUCAAAGACGACCCACGACUAGCAGAACCUCCGACGGCUGCACAAGACAUGGUCAAUCUCUACAAUCCUGAUACCAGUCUCGCCGCCGCAGACAGCACCCUCGAAGAAGGAGUGGACACCGACAAAAUGGCCAAGGCAAAGUCGUCUACAGCGCCGCGACGUUCAGCCAAAUCCAAACAGACGGUGAAACUCCCAAACAUUCUUGACCAGCACAGGCUCGAACCGCAGCUGCCAACAGCUGCGAAAGCACCGGACAAACAAGACCUGCUGUACCCAAAUGGCGACCAGCAGAGCAACGAUCCUCGUGGAAACAACUCUCCGUCGAAAAGCAGCCCAAGCUCACCAUCCCGAUCCGGAACCCGGAACGGUCCAAGCUGCCGACGCAAGCCAAAACCCGCACACAUCUUGGAAACCGGAGUGGUCAUGCGUGACCACCUCGCAACAACCGUUGCCGAUCCGAAGGACCUGUCAGUGUCCUCUGUCCACAACAAACCAAGGAGAGGCCGUGUCCACCCGGACGACGGUUCCUGGACGACUGUUACUCAAACUUUCGAGUGUCAGGACAUCCCUGAAGCCAGCCGUGUCUCUGUAGACAACCCUGAAUCGAAGGUCGUACGCGAAGACAGCGGAACACAACCUGAAGUUGAGUUGAUGCCAACAGCCCCACCAAGCUCGACCAAAGCCGACCAACACGAUUCCCAGCGUGCGCUCACGGACGGUGACGCACGGACGCAAGUAACCGAGCAGUUCCCAGCGAAUCUCCUGAUCGAACUCCACCAGAAGACAUUUCCCCGAGACCAGCACAGUUUCCCGAAGACCGCACAGCUGAACUCUUCAACCCGCCGAACCAGAGCAGAUCCCGAUCCCCAUUUGCCAGCUGCUGCGAAAGCGCCAGUCAAAGAUUGCCAACUGAAAGCCCGUCGCGGUCGCCUGGACAGCGACCUUCCUGGGUUCCAGGAAAACCAGGACAACAGAUUUGCUGCUGAAAAUCCACGAAACCAGAUCGACCUAUCAUCGAAGAAUCAGCCACGCAGCCAGCCGCCCAACGAAGCAUCGCAGCAAGCUGCACAUCGCGAACCACGAGCAACCAUGCGAAUCUCAUGCGACCUGCCAGAAGCGGAAGCCACUGUGAACGAACCACAUCUCAAAAAGAAGCCCACACAGAACCAACUCAAGGUCCACAAAUCCGAGACCUUCCCGCCGACGGAAAAGAGCACCCAGUCUGAACGUAGAAGUCCCAAAUCCAGAUACAUCCACUCCGAGCACCCAACAUCACCGAAAAAACGCGUCCAAAAGAUCAAGGCGCUCCAAAGUCGGCCGCAACUGAAUCGAUCACCCGGUUUGCCGCUGAGGUGGCAACUCAUUCUCGCAGUUUACAGGACCUGCCUGAAGGAGUGGAUCGCGAACAACCUGCCCAACACGGACAAUCCAGCGCGAAUACCUCGAAGUAACAACCGAUACCCCAGUCACGGACGAGGAGAGCAGUCCCGCAAUCCGAUCGUCAACCUAGACGGCGAACGAACUCCGACGGAUGAAGCCGAACCAACCCACAGGAAGUGCUCCGUAGGCAAGCGUAGACAGACCGGCCAUCAGCGUUCCUCGAAUAAGCAGAACCAGCGCUAAACGA